AUGUCGAUUAAUCGUGUAGAAAAAUGUACAAUUUGUUUUAUGGCUGUUGAUGGUACUAAUGGAUAUUUACGUCACAUUCGACAGGUACAUGGGAAUGAUCGUCAAUUUUGUACACAUUGCCCAUUAUGUGAUUCAAAAUUCAUUUUUACUUAUUUAAAAUCAUUUAUAUAUCAUAUACGGAAACAUAUUUCGUAUUCUUCACCUGAUAAAGAAGUUUUACCAUCUUUGUUACCUAGUCAUGAUGAAAUGAAUCUCGAAAUUAUUAAUGAAAAUGAAGAACAAAAAUCAUCGCAUGAGUAUGAACAACAUGAUCCAUUAGUCGAAAUUAAGAAAUAUUAUAUUAAGAUGCUUUUAAAACUUCGUGAAGGUCAUGUUCUUCCUGAUGCUGAUAAUCCUACAUCAUCCAAUUUUAAUGAUGAUAUUGAAAAAACUCUAUUUGAAAUAUCAAGAAAUGAAGAGUCAUUCAUUUCUUCAUGUCAGUUAUAUUUUAAAUUUGUUAAACCAAAGGAAAUACAAUUACGAAAUGGCAAUAAAGCUUAUUAUAUUUCGAUACGUGAUGUCUUGAUGAAUUUAUUUGAAAAAAAAGAUUUUUAUGAAUGUAUUAAAGAAGAAAAAAAAUACAUAUCUCAAUUUAAUGGACAAGAUAUUCUUUAUCAUUACCGAAAUUCAGAAAUAGGUCAACAACACCACGUGCUGACCAAAAAAGAUAAUUGCAUAUUGUUACAGUUGUAUUCAGACGAUUUAGGUGUUGUUAAUCCAUUGAUGGGAAAGAAUGCAACUCAUAAAUUGACAACAUUUUAUUUCUCUAUUGAUGAUUUACCAGCACGCCAUAGUUCUUCUGUAAAUGCUGUGUACUUAUUAUUAUUAUAUUAUAGAAAAGAUUUUGAAGAUGAAAAUAAUCGUCAAGUGAUAUUUCGUCAAUUAAAUCAAGAUUUAAAAAGUUUAGAAAAUGAUGGUCUUGUAUUACCUGAUGAUAUAAUUCCAACUUAUUUUACAAUCAGUACACUAUGUGCUGAUAAUCUAGCAGCUCAUGAACUCAGUGGAUUUACAUGUGCAUUCAAUUCUGGUCAUUGUUGUCGUUAUUGCUUUACACACCACAAAGACAUGAAACGUAUUUACAAAGAAUCUCAGACAUUAAUUCGUACCGCAGCAUCACAUGAUUUACAAGUAAAGCAAAUUCAAAACGUGCCAGCUGAUAAAUCUAUAUAUGGUAUCAAUGAAAAAUCCGUUUUAUCAAAUUUAUCAUCAUUUCAUCCAAUUACCAGUUUGCCUCCUGAUAUUAUGCAUGAUAUUCUUGAAGGAAUUAUGCCAAAACUCACCAGCUGUUUAUUACAUACAGUUGUAUCUAAUCGUUUAUGUUCUGCUUCAAAAAUUUGUCAAUUAAUAAAUAAAUUUACUUACGGAACAAAUGAUAGGCGAAAUCAUCCACCAGUAUUGAAGGAAAAAGAUAUUUUUGAUAAAAGAAUUCCAGAAUUAAGUACUAUAUUGAAGUGCAAUACGGAUAAUAAUGCUACAUAUUGUUUUAAAUUUAUUCAUUUAGGUAAAGCAAUGGAAAAAUAUUGUUUAUUUUUAAAUUUACCAUUUAUGUUGAUCGGUUUUAUUGACAAAGUUCCUUACUGGUUUUUGUAUACAUUACUACGACAAAUAUGGGAUAUAUUAUAUAGUGAUUAUCCGAGAAGAUCUUGGUUAUCAACUCUUGAAGAAUUAAUUGAGGAAUUUCUACAAUUAUUUCAAAAUAUUUUUCCGGAACAAUUCAUUCCAAAAUUUCACUUUUUACUUCAUGCUGCACGUAACAUCUCUAAAUAUGGUCCAUUAAAGCGACAAAUGAAUUUACGUUACGAAGCUAAGCAUCAUUUGUUAAAACAAAUUGCAAAUCGAUUGGACGGUGAAGAAAUUCCAUUGUUUGUUGAAAUAAAAUAUAUUAUUUAUCUUGAAGAAGAAUGGUGUUUUAUUGUUCAUUGUUAUGAUACAGUUACAUUUAAAGAAAAUUUGUGGUGCUAUGAAAUUAAACCGUCAGCUGUUGACUUGGUAUUAAAUAAAAAUGAAUUUUUAACACAUAAAGCAGAAUACUGUUAUCGUAUAAAUAAUUUAUAUUUCAUUCGUGUUCCUUAUCGUUUAACUCUUGUUGAAUAA